CCCAUGGCUACCUACUAAUCGGCUGGCUGGUGACUUUUCUGGUGGCAAGUGACUUCUGUUGCAAGCAGCGGCACAGAGUUCAGUUCGACUUGGACGGGCAACGCGUGCACACGUGGCAAAUAAGACGCGUUGUUGACGAGUAAUUUGGCCAAGAGUGAAGACGUGUUUUGAAGCGCGAGUAUGAUAAACAAAGCAAAUUUGAAACGUGAGCUGCUGUGAAUUGAUUAAAGAAUCCAAAAAAUUUAAUUAAAAAAUAUAGAAUUGUCUUGAAUUGAUUGCAACAAAAGUGUGAGGUGAAAAAAAUUUAUAAAAAUUGUUAAACGAAAAAGUGAAUAACUCAAAGUUGUAAAAUGGAAGACACAACAACAAUGGAGUAUAUGUAUGACAGCACAACCUACGCACCGGAGACAACAUUUGCUGUGGAUACCACCGACGUGCCAUUUCUUAAUUUGGCGGCAGUCACGCCAGACAGCGUCGGGGACCGGCUGUUGCACUCGGGCGAGCAGUUGUCGCACAACCAAAUCACUUUCGAGAUACCAUCGCAUCACGACCUCGAACACAUCAAUAAAUUGCACACAUUCAAUACCCUGCUUCAGCGUAUCGGCAAUGUGGCCUACGACACUGUUGCUUCCGCCAGCGCGCAUAGGGGGAGCAGCGUGCCGCAGGAGGAGCACCACGCGCUGCGACCCUUUGGCGUCGAUGCGACCGGCCAACACAUCACCAACGAACAGAUCUCCAAGAGUGCUGUGCUGAAUUUGGCCGAGCUGAAGAACGGCGUCGGCAGUGUGGGUGGCAGCUUCUUGGAAGGCUUCUUCGGCGAUGCCGACAUGCAUGCCGUCAUCAAUUAUUUGUGGAUUGGCGUGGUCACCGCAUUGGUGGUGCUUUCUGUGAUUUUCAUUUUGUUCUCCUGCUACUUUUACCGCAAGUUUCGGCAAUGGAAGAAAUGCAAUAAAAACAUACGCAAUGCCACAUACGCCGAUGGUCAUCUUGUCGUUUGUGACCGUUUAAUGGACGCCCGCGGAAGACAUACGGUAACAGCUGCUAACGCUGCCUCCGCCGCCUACUAUCAGCAAAUGGAGUCGCCACCAUGUUAUACCAUUGCCACCGGCCUGCCGACCUACGAUGAGGCAUUGCAUCAUCAGCACCAGCACCAGCACUUCUCCUACGGCAUGAAGUUCAUCUAUCCGACGAUUACGGCUGUGCAUCACCAUCCGGUCAUUGCUGGUGUGUACGAUAACAGCAUGCUCACAGCCCCAUUGAAGAGGCAGAGCAACUUGCAACAAGGGCAACAAGUGCAGGAGCAGCUAAUGAAGCAGAAGACAUACAAAGUGUCGUCCGUGGCGUUGGAGGACGAAGAGUCGCUGGAAGUGGUCAUGCCGGCCAGUUAUGAUAUUGCGGAACUGCAUGGUCUCAAUUUGUCGUCUGGCAGCAUGAGUGUAACCGCGCCAUUGCUGGGUGUCAAUACCGCCGCGACGAAGACGUCGGCGUCGGCGUCGUCGCUGGAGGAAGUGAUUACCAUACGCUUGGACGACAUGACACCAACGGGCGCGUUGCCGAUCGAAGCAGCAGCGACGCCACGCCGUCCGGCCAUGCUUUAUAAUGAGUUGCGGCGCGAGCGGGGUGUGGGUGAGGAGCAGCAGUGCAGCGCAGUGACGAUAGCGUGAUCGCAUUAAGCAACCGCAGACGCGCAGCCUCCGAUGAGCCGCUGUCGGGUUAAUCGACUGUUUACGCCUUGUAAAUAUGUAUGUCCUGUAUAUAUGCUGCCUCUGGCAGAUGUAAGACAGUCACCACAGAAGAGCUGUCCGCCGCUACGUGUUAGAUUCAAACAAAGAGACUAAUUAACGUAAUGACAUUUCGAAUGAGUCCGUAUCUCACAAUAUUCAUUAGUAACUUCUUGAAACUUAGACAAACUUAUUUUUAUUUAUUUAUACUGUAAAUUAUUGCAAGAAGAGAUGCAUUUAAAAAUUAUUACUUUGUUCUGUAUUAUUUAUUUCUUGUUUAGUUUAAAGAUAAAAACACUUUUCUUUAAAAAAGACUGAUUGUUCAUUAAAAUUGUAUGUAUAAACCCGCAUUUUUCACUGCAUGUAAAUAAUUCUAAGUCCAUAGUUAGCAAGUAGUAAAUUGUAUUUAUCAGCGAAUAGUAAAACUAGUUACGAAUUUUAUUAUCUAAGCAAGCUAAAAGAUUUAUUAAAUUUAAAAAAUUACACAAAAUUUAAAA